AGCCCCACCUAUAUUUUUUUUUUUGGGUGUGUGCAAGCUGCAUUUGUUUACGCUGCGAACUUCCAGAAAAACUACUUCUCAGCUUCCACCGCGAUUCUCGAAAUAACCAGGACAGCAGCAUGCGUGAACUCAACAAGCAGCAAUCGCAGGACACCACGGAUUCGGUCGAGAAGGGGGACUACCCGCGGGCCACCAAUGGCGUGGUCUUCGGUGCCAUCGUCACCUUCGCAAGCUUCUUCGUGUUGAUGAUGUCGUUCUGCUCGCCGUACUGGAUCGAGUCUUACGAAGAGACGCGGGCCAGCUUCAAGAACAUGGGCCUUUGGCAGUACUGCUUCAAGGACUUUGUUUACCCCAGUUACCCAUUUCACAAGCAAUUCAAUGGCUGCCACAACAUCUUCUCGCACGACUACUACGUGAUCCGUGCGUACUUGCUUCCCGGCUGGCUAAUGGCUGUGCAAGGCUUCGUGACCAUGUCCUUCAUCAUCGUGUUCUUUGUCCUAGGUCUGCUUUCUCUGACCAUCACCCGCCUGCCGCUGAAGCCUGUGCUGCAGUACGAGUGGCUGCUUGUCCGCCUCUCCUUCUUGGGCACCGCCGUAUCCUCUCUGUUCAUGUUUCUGGCCGUGUGCAUCUUCGGAGGCUGCGCUUACCGCCGCGACUGGAUGAUGUAUCCUAAGUUCAACGUGCUGGGCUGGUCCUACGCCCUGGCCGUAGUCACUUUUAUGCUCCUGGGACUGGCCGCUCUAAUCUUGCAGCGCGAAGCCCGGCAAGCUUACGAGGCCCGUGGCGAGCAAAAGAACUUGGUCAUGCAGAUGGAGAUGCAGGAGCCGGGCUAUCAGCCCCCUCGUCACCAUCACAGCCAGUCGCGCAGCCUGCAGGGCUACAUAUAAGAGCCGACCUACCUGGCUUCAAUGCAUUCCACUUGAAUCCGUAGCUUAAGUUUAUUCCAAGCAAUCUCGUGCCUUCAGACUGCGCAAUCGACGCCGUCCAAAGUGUCUUUUAACGUUCAACACAGACCUAACCAUCGAAUAUAUACAAACAUAUUUAUACAAGCCGAACUCUACUCCAGUGUUCUAUGCUGCGAACUCGGUUCCGUCCCCAUUUAUAAUUGUAUUUAAAUAGCACAUUCAAUUUGAAGUGAGAUCAAUAAGAUCCACUCUAUUUUAGAUUUCUAACAUAAAACGAUCAUUUUUAUCUAGGCUCAAAAAUGUAUACAACAGCAGAUAUCAUUAUACACCCCUUUUAUAAGCAAACUGGUGUAAAGACAUAUCAACAUUAAAUUAAAUGUAUUAUUUGAACUUUAAAA